UCCUCUCUCCUCUCUCUACCCCUCUCUGCCGGUCUCCACCCUCUCUCCUUUAUAUGUGAGGGCAUGAAAUGUGAAGGAUUUGUGUACUGUAUAAUAUUGACCCAAAUAAAGGUGAUUUUAAUAUCUAGUUUCUCCUCCUCUUUCUUCUUCUCUGUCAGUAACCCUGAUAAGGGUCUCCAGUUCCUGAUCUCACGAGGUUUCAUCCCGGACACGCCCAUAGGUGUGGCUCACUUCCUGCUUCAGAGGAAGGGCCUGAGCAGGCAGAUGAUUGGAGAGUUCCUGGGAAACAGCAAGAAGCCCUUCAACAGAGACGUCCUAGAUUGUGUGGUGGAUGAGAUGGAUUUCUCAGGGAUGGAGCUGGACGAGGCUCUGAGGAAGUUCCAGGCUCACAUCAGAGUCCAGGGAGAGGCCCAGAAGGUGGAGAGACUGAUCGAGGCCUUCAGUCAGCGGUACUGCAUGUGUAACCCGGACGUGGUGCAGCAGUUCCACAACCCCGACACCAUCUUCAUCCUGGCCUUUGCUAUCAUCCUCCUCAACACAGACAUGUACUCACCCAACAUCAAGCCUGACCGCAAGAUGAUGCUGGAGGACUUCAUACGCAACCUCCGAGGUGUGGAUGAUGGAGCAGACAUCCCCAGAGACAUGGUGGUGGGCAUCUAUGAGAGGAUCCAACAGAGAGAGCUGCGAUCCAAUGAAGACCACGUCACCUACGUCACCAAGGUGGAGCAGUCCAUUGUGGGCAUGAAGACAGUAAGGACACCAGGGCUUGACAUUAACGCUUGUUCGCGACUAGUGACUUUUUUUUGGGGGGGGGGGGGGGGGGGGG